AUCCAGCCCGUACCAAACCAACCUGCUCCGAGACGGCGUGCGGAGGUACCUGCAGCUGCCGGCAGACCAGACGGUACUGAUACUGCACGCCAAAGUCGCACAGAAGUCAUACGGCAAUGAAAAAAGAUUUUUCUGCCCCCCACCUUGUGUUUACCUGAGCGGGCCGGGGUGGAAGUUAAAACAGGACCAGAUAAAAGCCAGGGACCUGGGAGAGGCGGGUUUUCAUGUGUGCGGGUACAUGGGGCUGGACAGCAUGGGCAGCAGCCUGAUGGAGACUCAGAAGCUCAGCUUCGAGGAGCAGCCAGACGCAAAGGGCUUUGGCUGUGCCAAGGCAUUGUACAUCUCAGAUGCAGACAAGCGCAAGCAUUUCCGCCUGGUCCUGAAGCUCUUCUUCAGCAACGGGCAGGAGAUUGGCACCUUCCACAGCAAGCUGAUCAAGGUCAUCUCCAAGCCCUCACAGAAGAAGCAGUCACUGAAGAACACGGACCUCUGCAUCUCCUCAGGCUCCAAAGUCUCCCUUUUCAACCGUCUGCGCUCCCAGACCGUCAGCACCCGCUACCUCUCUGUCGAGGGGGGAGCCUUCAUCGCCAGUGCCAGGCAGUGGGCAGCCUUCACCCUCCACCUGGCUGACGAGCGCUGCGCCCGGAGCGAGUUCCCCCCGGCCACUGGCAUCACCCUGCCUCCCCUGAUCAUCCGGAAGGUGAUGAAGCAGUACGCCAUGCUGGACGUGGACGAGCCUGUCUCCCAGCUCCACAAGUGUGCCUUCCAGUUCCAGGGCAGUGAUCGCAUGUACUUGUGUCUCUCCACGGAGAAAGUGAUCCAGUUCCAGGCAUCUCCCUGUCCGAAGGAAGCCAACCGGGAGCUGCUGAAUGACGGCUCCUGCUGGACCAUCAUCGGCACCGAGACGGUGGAGUACACCUUCUGUGAGAGCCUGGCCCGCGUCCGUGAGCCUGUCAGCCCCGUGCCGCUCAUCGCUGCCCUCCAGCUCACGGGCGGCGGGGACGUGGCCAUGCUGGAGGUGCAGGGGGAAUAUUUCCACACACACCUCAAAGUCUGGUUCGGAGACGUGGAAGCAGAGACGAUGUACAGGAGCCCAAAGUCUCUUGUGUGCGUCGUUCCUGACGUCUCUGCCUUUGGCAGUGACUGGAGGUGGCUGCGAUACCCCAUCACGGUCCCACUCCUGCUGAUCAGGGAUGAUGGCCUCAUCUAUUCCAGCUCAUUCACGUUCACCUACACCCCAGAGCAGAGCUUCAUCCCAGGGCAGCAGGUCCUCUCAGAUGUCCUGCAGGACUCAGACAAAUUACUUGACAGCAUCCAUCAGGAGUUCACCAGGACUAACUUCCACCUCUUCAUGCAGAGCUAG